UUGCAACGUUUCAUCCUGAAUCGCUGAGAGACACUCAGAGUUGUGCAAAAAAAACAGCCCAUAGUUGGAAGCAGAAGGUUCCUGCUACUCUGUUAAGUGUUUCUCUACAGACAUGAAGUUGUUGCUCCUUGUCACCUUUUUUGCACUAGCUGACUUUGACUACAAAAGAAGAAGUGUACACUCGUGUCCAGAUCGGUGCUCCUGCUCUUUUCUGUCUGCUGAGGUGGUAUGCAGCAAUGGUGGCCUCACAGUUUUUCCAAGAACUGGGUUUCCCUCCGCCACCACAAUAUUGUCCAUCCAAAACACAAACCUUCGUAACAUUACUGGUGGGGAUCUGAGUGCUGUGCCACUCCUAAACAACCUACAGCUGUAUCACUCUAACCUGGCGAACCUUACCUCAGAUCUACUGGUAUCCGUACCUCACUUGGAAACUUUGGAUCUCACAGGAAACAAGCUAGUAAAACUGCCUGCAAAUGUCUUCACCCACCGCUCACUUAGCAACCUGGUGUUGAAAAAUAAUCAGCUAGGUGAAGCAGACCCAGCGUGGUUUUCUCAAAACAGCAGCCUCCUCUAUCUAGAUUUGUCUGGUAACCGUCUGACCAGCAUCUCUGCAGCUCUGUUCAAUAAGAUGCCCCUUCUGCGAACCCUAGACUUGGACAAUAACAAUCUGCAAGAGCUACAAGCUGAAGUGUUCAGGAGCCUGGAUCACCUAGAGACUCUUAAUCUCGCUGGAAACAAAUUGAUAACCCUGAAACCUCAAAUAUUUGCUCACAAUCUUAAACUUAAAUAUCUGUACCUGCAGGAGAAUCAGCUGCAGGAUCUACCAGCGAACCUCCUUCAUAGACUGCAACACCUUGAGCUUCUGCUGCUAAACCAGAAUCAGCUUCGCCACCUCCCAAAAGGCCUACUGGAUGGAAUAAAUCCCUCUUUGCAAAUGAUCUUGUCAGGGAACCCCUGGGAUUGUGAUGGGAAGAUGGAGUACCUGUGGAAGUGGCUCACCAACCAUCGCCAAAAUGUUCUCUUUGACGAGGAGGUGACUUGUGAUCAGCCAAAGCCACUGAAAAGUCUGCAAGUUUCCUCUUUAACUGUAAGUCAGCUUGGUGUAAGAUUAGAAUAA